UGUAGGAGAGUGAGGGAGCAAAGCGGGUGCAAAGACAGACAGAAUUAGAGGAGAGGAGAGGAGCAGGAGAGAGCAAGAAAUAUAGAAGAGCUGAGUGGGAGGCAUCUGUCUCUCUGGUAUUAUUACCAAAGCAACGGUGAGAAGAGGAGAGAGGAGGCAGUGCAGGGUCUGUGAGUGUCUUGUUGCUGCAGCCAAGAGAUCUUCUGCUGCUGUUUACUCUGGAAACAAGGGAUGGAUGGAUGCUCACAAUCAUAAAUGCCGGAAUAUUUGACCAGGACUUGAACAGAACCUACAACACUGUCGUGGGUCUUCACAGAGACACAGAGCAAGACCAAAGAAGGAUGUGAUAUUGCAGGCAUGGUUUUAUGUUUGUUUGCAGGUAUAGCAGGUGCUCACACGUGAUCGGGCUUAACUUGAAACCAACCUGUAAACUGACUCCAUGACACCGGCGUGUGCCUAUAUGUGUGUGUGUGUGUGUGUGUGAGACAGUUACAUGUUGUGUAUGAGUUUGUACAUUGUGUGUAUGUUUAGCUGCAAACCACCAGGUGCAUAUACAGUAUGGUUUGUGCGUGUUUGUGACACCGGCAUCAGAACACACACAGACACGCGCACACACGUCAGGAGGAAGUGACACGUCUCCGCUCCCUCUCGGAUUUCCUGCUCUCCUCUCUGGUGGCAAGCAAAGUGCCGAAUCUGAGACGAAUUCACCUGUCCCGCCCUCACAGGUGGGACUUAAACUCUCUGGAUGCAUCAUCAGAGGAGCGCUGACUUUUUCUGGACGAGUAAAGGACAGUUAGAUCCUUGUAGACUGUGAUUGUGGCUGAGUGUCACAUCAGCCCUGCCUUUCGAGAUAAACCUGCACUUCCUCAAGCCAUCAACUUGCUGCUCUGGUGCUGCUCCAGUGUCGGAGGCUGUCCUUGGACCUCUCCAUGACUGUCAAUACAGUGCUGACCCCCUCCAUGACCAGCAGUAACAGCAUGAGCAGUGGGUACUGCAGCCAGGAAGAUGAGCCUGAAGACUUCACUUUCUUCACAGCCAAGACCUCAUUCUUCCACAAGCCCAGGAACACAGCGAAGAAGAAUGAGGCAAAGGAAGAAGAACCGGGAGGAACAAAAGACCUGUCAGAGGAAGAAGUGCGGACCAGGAUAGAGGAGUAUAACGCUCAAGUCACGGAAAAUGGCAUGAAACUGGCUUCAAAUGGAUCCUACACAGGUUUCAUUAAGGUCCACCUGAGGCUCAGUCGACCAGUCACAGUCACUGCUGUGGAGCCGGCGGGCUCAGAGGGAGAGUCCAGGCAGAUGGGCGGUCGCAAUCGAGCACCGUCAGAGGACCAGGAGGGGACGGACAGGGGGCAGAAUGAAAAGAGAACAUCCUUCUACCUACCUUGCGACUCUGUGAAGCAGCUCCACAUCACCUCUCUGACCACCACCAGAGAGGUCAUCCAGGCCUUGCUGAAGAAGUUCAUGGUGUUGGACAAUCCCCGCAAGUUUGCAUUGUACAGGCAGAUGCACCGCGACGGUCAGGAUCUGUUCCAGAAGCUUCCUCUAUGUGAGCGUCCUCUUCUUCUGAGGUUGAUUGCGGGGCCUGACCCGGGGCAACUCAGCUUUGUCCUUAAGGAAAAUGAGACUGAAGAGGUGCAGUGGCAUGCAUUCUCUGUCCCUGAGCUACAAAACUUCUUGGUAAUCCUGCAAAAAGAGGAAGCAGAGCAUGUGCGGGUAGUGGAGCAAAAAUAUGCCAUGUACCGACAGAAACUACAACAGGCCCUACAACAACAUGACCCCUGACCCCUCACCUGUUACCUUAUGACCUCAAGCCAGGGAGAGACUGACCCUUUGAACGCUGACCCCUCAAGACCCAGUGAUCUAUUCAGAGACUGGAGCCGGCGCUGAACUUGUUUCCACCCUCCACAUAUACACACAAACACAAAGUACAUCCAAACACAGAUUCAUACCCUUUCUCAGGACGCAUACAAGCCCACCCACCCCACCUUCCAUACGUCCACACCCUGAGGGAAUCAGGGGUUGAAAGGGACGUGAAAGGCUACAGGGUGUGUGGUCUGCUUGCUGAUUGGACAAAUAGUGUUUUCAUUGCCAAGGACACACACACAGAAAGAUCUAAAACUCCGACCUGGGAUCUCAUUUGGGACUGAUGUGAAUCAAUGUUGUUUUUAAAGAUUCCGUCUUCUUCUGCUACUGCUGCUGCUACUGCAAGUGUUACUUAUGCAUGAGUCUCUCUCAGCUCAUCCCCCCUGCACAUAGCGUUAGAAUACAAACGGAAGGCAUGAUUACUUUUUUCUGCAUCUCUCUGGGAUGGAAGGACAAUCAUACUGUGUGUUUCUUUUUUUCUUUUCUUGGAAUUGAUGUAUAGGGUUAUCACAAGAUGUUUUAUUUAUGUUGCUGGGAAUAUAACACGUGUGAAUUUGUGAGGGAGGUGUUUAGGAUAAGGGCUGGAUUACUGGAUAUCAGUGCUUCUCCUUAAGCAAGAGUAGGAAUUAUAAGGCUGCGUUUGCUUUCAGUGCUUAGAGCAAGAAGGAAUGGAAGACUAAGAAAGCGAGAUCCAUUCUCUGAUUUUUCUCAGGGAGCAUGUGUUGAGCAAAGAGAAAACGUAAAGGAGGAAAGAGAACCCUCUUCCACCCUACACCCCCCUAUUUUAGCCGCUUUUAUCUGUUCUUAUUUGCCCACCUAAAUGCCAUGUGAAAGACUUGUGUGAAGAUGCCGUCAGGUGCUUCACCUGACAGAGGAGAUCUUCAGUCAGACCCAGUUACCACCUCUCUCCUUGCUCCUCCAAACAGACACGCAAUCCUAAACUCUUCUCAGAUGAUAACUGUGAUUUCAUUCCCAUUUUCCCUCCCUAAAUCCUGAUCUAACCAACCUUGCAUGAACUCCACCGUCAAAUGAAGCCUGAAGGGAGGCAAUUCACAUACCUUCACAGAUUUUACACUUUACAUAUACUGUUAUGGUAUAUGGGUUGUAUUUGAAUGUGAGAUGAUUUUUUUACACCAAAGCUUAGAGGUACAGAUCUAUUGAGAGGAUUUUAAAGGGACGAGAGACAUUUGGAAGUUUAUGGAAUUAAAGGUGGUGUAUGUAAAACUUAAACCAGCUUCUGUUUUGCACAUAUUGAUGCAGGUCACUGAAUGGCCCACAACUCCGGGGCUGGGCAUGCAUUGCUGUUUUCCUUUUCUAUUAUCUCCCUAUCAUCCACCCAAAAAAAGAAACAGAAAAUAUAUAAAAUUCAUGAUAAUGGCUACGAUGUACCAAUGAUGUGUUUGCAAUGCAUAUGUAUUAUGUAGACACUGGAAAUGAGUGACAAGGUUUAACUUUGUUGUGAUUACAAAUAUUAAUUUUCUUUUGGUAUCAUUCCUACUGGUUGGUGU